UCGACAGGGACAGACGGAAAGGCGGAGUUGAGACUAUCUUGUCUAUAGAAGACCUUUAUAACGUCUUUUAACAAAUGGCACUUUCGCCUCCAGGCCUUUAGAUGGAGGUAUGUAGAAACAUGAUUGUGUUUAAAUCUUCCGAGUUUCCUGCUGAAGAGAGACGUGGGGCGGAGCUGUGCUGUGGAAAGUGAACACAUACAGGAUUUAGAAUAGCAGUAACGGUAUGGAGUUGGAUGCAUGUUUUUUUUUUUUUCGAUUUAUGUUUUAAGUCAUUUAGUCGUUAUUUGGUGUAGAUGUCAAGAAAUUAAACGACAUAGUGAAAUCAUGAAAGUCGGAGGCUGCAAAAGAAUUGAGAGAGUUAAGAAAAGUAAAAUGGCAUCUGUUUUGUGGAGGUUUUGGCCGGCAGUAAUCCUGGUCAUGCUUCCACUUGCACAAGCUGCUGAAGAGGAGUCCCUGCUGCAGGAAUCGUGGAAUGAUUUCUGGCUGUUUCGUUUUUUUCUUAAUAUCUCAGGAUAUGCCACAAUCAUCAUCCCAGGGUAUCUCCUCAUCCAGUACUACAAGAGGAAAAACUACUUGGAGACAGGCCGUGGUAUUUGUUUCCCUGCCAUAAAAAGCUGCGUGUUUGGGAGCGAGACUAAGUCCAGUCUCCAGGAGGAAGUUUCUACAACAUCCAGAAAUGAGGCAACAGUAGCAUCUUCAUCUUCAGCCAAGCAAUUUGCAAAACUACUGGUCUGUGCUUUUGGAUUACAGGCUUCGUAUCUCACAUGGGGUGUCCUACAAGAGCGAGUCAUGACUCAAACCUACGGGGCCGCAGACACAGAGCUGGGUGAGAAAUUCAAGGAUUCCCAAUUUCUGGUUUUCAUGAACCGGAUCUUGGCGUUGACGGUAGCUGGGGUAUAUUGCGCCCUCACCAAGCAGCCUCGGCAUGGAGUCCCCAUGUACAAGUACUCCUUUGCCUCCCUCUCAAACAUCCUGAGCAGUUGGUGCCAGUACGAGGCCCUUAAGUUCAUCAGCUUCCCAACGCAAGUGCUGGCUAAAGCCUCCAAGGUUAUUCCAGUUAUGUUGAUGGGGAAGAUAGUUUCCCGGAAGAGCUAUGAAUACUGGGAGUACUUCACAGCGGUCCUCAUCUCUGUGGGUGUAAGCAUGUUCCUUCUCUCCAGUACCACUAACAAGCACCCAUCAACAGUCACCACCUUCUCCGGGGUGGUCAUUUUAGCAGGUUACAUUGUGUUUGACAGCUUCACAUCCAACUGGCAGGACAAUCUCUUUAAGUACAAAAUGUCCUCGGUACAGAUGAUGUUCGGGGUCAACCUCUUUUCCUGCCUGUUUACUGUGGGCUCACUCCUGGAGCAGGGUGCCUUUUUGGAGUCCCUCAAGUUCAUGAGCCGUCAUUCAGAGUUUGCCUUCCACGCUGUUCUCCUGUCCGUCUGUUCGGCCUGCGGUCAACUCUUCAUCUUCUACACCAUCGGCCAGUUCGGAGCCGCUGCCUUUACCAUCAUCAUGACCCUGCGACAGGCCUUCGCUAUCUUGCUGUCCUGUUUCGUCUAUGGCCACGCAGUCACCAUAGUGGGUGGCCUGGGAAUAGCUGUGGUCUUUCUGGCCCUCUUGCUGAGGGUCUACGCUCGCAGCCGGAUGAAGAGGAGGAGCAAAAAGGCAACCCUGAUUCCAGCACCAGUGGAGAAGGUUUAGGGAUAGAAAAAAAUAGGAUCACUAUUUUGGACAAAGAGUUUUCAAUAAAAGGGAUAGUGCAUUAAAAGAAAAGGUGCGGGUUGGUUUGUACAGUCUAGUGGAGGUAAAGAAGGGACUGUUUUGUUUUUCUUGUGUAAAUGAACACGUUUGAGAAUGUUAUCCUACAGGCAUUUGAAUUCCAUUGUCCUUAUCUGUAUCCCCGAAAUAAACUGACUUCUUGAUUUUGUUUGGUACCAGCAGGACUCUGACAAGCUAUGGCUCCUAAAGUUGCAAUUUCUGAUGAUUUGACCAAAAAGAAACAUAAAAGCUGACUACUGGCAGCUGUUUGCUGUUACUAGACUGAAAGUAAAUAUUCAAAGUGUGGCCAAUCGCAGUUGUUCAUGGGUGUAUAGGCCAUUCUUCCUAUGCAAUCCAACAAAUUUAACCCUGCCAACUAGAAUCCUUUUAUGAUGGAGAAAGUAAUUAAGCAGGUAUGACUUCUGUCAGAAGCCUUCUUGUGUCUUAUGAAACACAAAUGUUUUUAUGAAAGGUGUUUCGCACUGCCUUUCGGAGUACUAUUUUUUAGUAAACGCAAAACAUAGAGUUAAUUUUAAAAUGUCACUUGUGAUACUAAUUGUAAAAUAACUAGUUUACACAGAAAAGAACAUUUCUGUAAAACAACUUCAAAAUACAACUAGAGCUGUUGUGGCAGCCGAUUCAGCCAUUAUGUUCAUUAUAAAGCCACUGGUAUGCAAGCUAGGUUCAGAAUGUUGACGUUCCUUCUAUGCAGCAGUUUUGCUAUUUUUAGUUCAUAAUAUCAACAAUACCCUCCAUACCGGGCAUUAUUUGCUGCAAGUUCUGUAACUCCAAUAUUUUCCCUAUUAAUGGAUUUCUGUUCAUUCCUAUUACACUGAUAAAGGCAUUUGGGAAAACAUUUGUCUACUUGAUUUAGUUUCUUAAAUGUACCUAUUCAAUUAAUUUACUGAACACUCAUUUACUACUGGGCGGUCCAUUAACAAAAAAAAUGCCUCUUUUUUUUUUUUUUUCCCUCCCCUAGCUAUAUACUUGCAAACUCAGUGAUAUUUGAACAUUUUUAUUAAUUUUCUUCAUAUUAAACCUUGCAUUAGUUAUACUGGAUGGAAUACAACUGAAGCUGAUGGUUUUGAGGACUUUCUAGUUCAUAAUACUGAGUGAUGAGAAACGGUAUGUUUUUAUAGACAACAAUAUUUAUGGUCCUCUUUGUAUUUUAAAUCAUAAGUCUGAGGUUAUUUAUAUAUAAUCUUUCUAAGCAAUGUAAGGCAUCUGGUAAGUAGGACGAAUGUUCAGUUGUUACUGGUUGUAAAAAUAUUUAGAUGAAUGCUUUUUAAAUGUUGCAAAUUCAAGCUUGUUUUGAAAGGAGGUUGAUUUUUGUGCAAAUUACGGUUUUAUCCUGUUUUAGAUUUUUUUUUUAUCCACUCAUUGCAAAAUUAAUCCAUUAAAUCUGUUUUGCCAUCUUCAUAAAUGUCCUUUUCAGUAUUUAAUACAUUUUAAGGAUGACAAUUAUUUAGGAAUCAUAUUAAUUUAAAGUACAGUAUGGAUUUAAUAAAAAAACAUUAUUCUUACCUCGUAUGAUGAAAACCACACAAAGUGAACUCCCAGUCUCCAUGUUGCUUGGUCAUAAGAAACAAACUGAUCUCUUACCCAGAGAUCAUUGAUCUAAUCCUUUUCGGCAGCAAAGCCAGUGUACUUCCUCCAUAAAACCCCACAUUUUAUCUGAAUCAUGGGGGACGGGGGACGGGGACAUUCCAUUUCUCGGGUCUGUACAGAGAAAGUGAAAUAAGUUGCCUCUAGGAUAUCUCUUUUAUCGAAUUUCUUUUUAUACAUCAGCCACCUGUUCUACAACAGUCCUCCCUACCUUUCACCAAGAUUCAUAUCCCACCCUAUGGUAUCUAGAGUCAUUAGAGGGGUUAACCACGUAAGGCCCAAGGAAACACUUCAUCCCUUAUUGUAGCCUUAGCCUAGUAUUCAACAAACUUUGGGUACUACUGUUCAAACCCUAGCUAGUGAAGUAAAAUUCUUAAUUGGGGGUGGGAGGCAUUUCUUGUGCCUGUGAUCUUAGCAAGAAGGCUUACAGAACCAGGGCAAACCGGUCUCCAAACAGACCAUUUCCAGUUUGAUCUCAUCCUGCAUCAAAUCUAUUGCAGCCUUGGAAAGAAAGCAUCUUCAGGGACCGUCAAAGCUCACGUGGUAGGGUAUGGCUACUUUAGGGGCAUAACGAAAAUCUGCCCAAUACAAGACAUCUGCCACGCUACUACCUGGGCUUCAUUCGAGCCAUUUAUUAACAUAUGCAAGUUAUAAUGUUAAUAAAGGUCUCAAAUGAAGCCCAGCAGUAGGUCAAAUUUAACAUUCGUGUCUUGCUUUCACCCUACUUUUACUCAUUGUCUUCCUCUGCUAACAUCUAACCUACCACCCUCUUGUCUUAAUGCUUUGGUAUGGUUCACUUUGUGAGCGAAGCUCAUCAUACGAGGUAACAAUACCAAGAUGACCUAUAAUAUGAUGAUAAACUCCACACACGUUCCCCCUCUUUCCUUUACUGUCUUAUUUUUUUAAUUUGGACAGUGAUUAGGAUAUGACGGGUUUUAUGGAGGAGGUACACUGGCUUUGGCGCAGAAAAGGUUUAGAUCAGUGAUCUCUGGGUAAGAGAUUGGUUUGUUUCUCCUGACCAAGCAACAUGGAGACUGGGAAUUUAUUACGAAGAAACCAUUAACAGGUAAUCUUUGACUUUUGUACAGUAUUUAGAAUAACCUGAAUCCUGUGCACUUGUAUAUGUAACUACUCCUGUAAUUAUUUGGUUAAUAUUUUUAUCGAUGCAUGUAGGUACUGAGUUUUAUUUUACUGGGACUGUUUCUGUGUCAUACUAAUCUGCUUUAACUGAACAUGUAGUGUAUUUUAUGUAUCUUUGCCUUUUUAAACAUCAGUUUGUUUAACAUGUCAGAAAUGUACAUACAAUGGUUUUACUGUGAGCUUGCUGUUGAUCUAUUUUUGGAUAGUGUUUUUGUAGCAGUCUGAGGUUUAAUGAUUGGAUCCUAUACUUUGAAAUAAAUCACCUGUAAAUGUU